UUGUGUUGUUGACGCAGCAAGCUAACCGCUUCUCACUAUGAAACCUCCUCAUUUGUAUCCAAACUAAACCAUUAUUCCACACCGACUCCGCCUCGAUCACUUAAACAGAGCCCACAACGCCUAAAUAUACAGAUUAGAGGUGUUUGUAACGUUUAAAAGAGGUUUAAACAUGUCAAUUGAGUACGAGGAACAGCUAGCCGGAAGCCUGGUUGACUCUUUCCCGAAAGAUUUCGGCUAUGGCGUGGAAAACAUGGACAUGAUGCAGGAAAAUCUGGAGAAUUCUCCCUCUGCUGACAAUAAACCAAGAAUACUGCUCAUGGGACUGAGGCGCAGUGGAAAAUCUUCAAUACAGAAGGUGGUGUUUCAUAAAAUGUCUCCCAACGAGACGUUGUUUCUGGAGAGCACCAACAAGAUUCACAAGGACGACAUCUCCGGCAGUUCCUUUGUGAACUUUCACAUAUGGGACUUUCCGGGGCAGGUGGAUUUUUUUGACCCGACCUUCGAUUACGAGAUGAUUUUCAGGGGCACCGGCGCAUUGAUUUUCGUCAUCGAUGCCCAGGAUGACUAUGUAGAGGCGUUAGGGCGGCUUCAUCUGACAGUGUCGCGGGCGUUCAGGGUGAACCCAGAGAUCAAUUUUGAGGUGUUUAUACACAAAGUGGACGGUUUAUCGGAUGAUCAUAAGAUAGAGACGCAGAGAGACAUUCAUCAGAGAGCUAAUGAUGAUCUAGCCGACGCCAGCUUGGAAAAGCUUCACCUCAGUUUCUAUCUCACUAGCAUCUAUGACCACUCUAUUUUUGAGGCCUUCAGUAAGGUGGUCCAAAAACUCAUCCCUCAACUGCCCACACUGGAAAACCUCCUCAACAUUUUUAUUUCUAAUUCCGGAAUUGAGAAAGCGUUCCUGUUUGACGUGGUGAGUAAGAUCUACAUCGCCACAGACAGCUCACCGGUGGACAUGCAAUCGUAUGAGCUGUGCUGUGACAUGAUCGAUGUCGUUAUUGAUGUCUCGUGUAUUUAUGGCCUGAAAGAUGACAGCAACGCUUAUGAUAAGGAGUCUCUGGCCAUUAUAAAGCUGAAUAACACCACAGUGCUUUACCUGAAGGAGGUCACCAAGUUCCUGGCGCUGGUCUGUAUUCUGAGAGAAGAGAGCUUCGAGAGGAAAGGUUUGAUAGACUACAACUUCCACUGCUUUCGGAAGGCCAUCCAUGAGGUAUUUGAGGUGAGCAGCUCCUCCCAGAGGACGGGAGCAGCGGUGCAGUCCAGCCCCCCUAGAUGCAGCGGCAACGGUCUGAGCCGGCUCAAAUCUGCAGCUCUAAAUGGUACAGCCAGAAGUCUGGUUUAACCCAGGACACACGGACCUCAAAGAGCACAGGGCCUUCACACUAGUGCGCUGAGUUUGCACCGAUGUACACAUGAGAUUACUGGAGUGUUUCUCGAGUUAUACCUGCUGUUCCAGGUGCACAGAGACACAACAGAAGACUCACAGAACUAUAUUGCUGCUUUUUUAUGAAUCUAUGAUGUGUGUGUGUGUGUGUGUGUGUGUGUGUGUGUGUGUGUGUGUGUGUGUAUGCCAACAUAGUAUCAGCUAUUAUGAAGAGGGGACAUGGAAAACUUGUGCAAUUUAACCAACACACAAUAAAAGAACACAGUAUGUCCAUUCACCCAAAGCAAAAAAUGUAGUAGGCUGCCUACCUAGACACCAUUUUUGACAUCAUAAUGCGCCUGUUAUGUGUCUAGGUAGCUCGCUAAGUUUUGAGGCAGCCCACGUUUCAGGGGUUUUAGGAUCAAUCCUGUGAAAACAUGAACAGGUCACAUUUCACUCCAAAAUCAAAAGGAAAAAAAAUAAGAAUUUAGAUUUUGCAUAAAGGGAAUAUAAUUCUGAUGUAUUCUUGACAGGUUUUGAAGAGAUUGACAGGUCUAUUAACACUGUUCCACACAAUGUUGUCGCAGAAUUCCCGGGCCGCCCUGUCUUUGGUGUUGGCCUGAUAUGUGAUGGAGUUGGCUGCCUCUGUUAUUUACUCAUGAGGAUUUUAGAGGGAAAAUAAAGGGAGAAAAGACUAAAGACACUUCAAAUUAGUUUAGUAAGUCUGUAUAUCUCUGUGAACUUAAAUCACAUAUAGAGACUUUCUAGUUAUGGAAUGUAACUUUUGUUUGGCCAGAUAUCUUUUCAGUUUAAUAAACUGGAGAAGAAAACAAUUUUUAUCAGCCAAGAUAAGAAUUAUGCAGUGUAAUUUUCCAUAUAAUGGUGUUCUGCUAUACUGAUAUGCAUGCAGAAAACAGAGUGAUGACACUGUUUGUUGAACAUGAGAUAAAGGUAUUAUGUUUCCAUGUGUUAAGUCCCAGGGUCCAAAAUAACUUUGUGAUUCAUUGUUUUAUUCAUAUUCAAAAAUGUGUGUGUGAGAGAGAGAGAGAGAUAG